GUUCUGAAGAUGAACGAAGGUCUUGCAGGUGUGGAAUGACAUGAGGGUGAGUAAUUAAUGACAGGAUUUUCAUUUUUGGCUGAACUAACCCUUUAACACCUUGUAUUAUAUAUACAGCUCUGGAAAAUUAGCAGAUUCUCUGGAUUUACUAUUUUUAUAUGCAUGUGUUUGAGUAAAAUGAACAUUUUUGUUUUAUUCUAUAAACUACUGACAAGUAAAAUCUUUGCCUAUUUAUCCUGAAUUAUGCUGUUUCUCAGUAGGGGUUAGAUAGUUUGAGAGCAAAUGUUGGGUUGUAUUUACUGUUAAACAAUUAUAAAAAAAAAAAUCUUUCAAUAAUUUAGGUAAUAGCGUUUGUUUGUUUAAUUGGUUGCAAACAAAUAAUCACUUCAAUAUGUAUGAAAAUCAAUUAUACUUGUGUAGUUUUUCUAUAUUUUAAAAUAGCUUUUAUUUUAAGUUUUAGUAAAUUUCUUGAUUUGUGCUUUUGUCAUUUUUAUUAGUUUUUGUUGUUUAUAUUUCUAUUUAGUUUUAUUUGAUUUGUUUUAGUAAUUUUCCCAUCUAAAAUUUAUAUUUCAAUUAAAAAUAUAUUUUUAAUCAUUUUAGUUUUAGUUAAUAACAAAACUGGUAAAAAUGAAAUGACACUUAAGUUGUCUUCCCUCCAUGCUGUAAAAUCCAAGUAACUUCACUGUCAAUUAUAUGAAAUGUUCCUUUUAAAUGAAGAAAGUAUGUGGUAACAGUCUUGUGUACAAAAUCUUGACACAGGCAGCUAAAUAUGUUUUAGUAAUGAAAAUUUUAAUAUUUCUUCCAGAAUAAUUUGAACAGAUUGUCAAAAUUAUGCUGUAAUUGUUAAAUAGAGUAAAGAAGGUCAAGGCCUAACAUGGCAAGUUAUUUUAGAUAAAAGCUUACAUAACUUAUCUAAUAACUCUCUCUCUAAAGAACCUGGGAUUUGUUCACUUAUUGCUUUAGAAAAGUGAUGGGUUACCAAUUUUCACUCUAUCUGUGGAAAAUACCACAUAGCCUCUUGAAUCCUUAUUAUAUAGGCUAUUGUUGUACUAACUAAACUGUCCUGACUGUCCCUCCCAUGUCAGAACAUGUGCGUCACACUAAAUGAGUUCCACAGAACUGAGAAGUGAACUUUGAAACUUUGUAAAGUGAGUUCAUUGUGUAAAGACAGUAAAAGACCGGACUGGGGUGGAGAGAUGAAGAAUGGCAGUGAGCUCUGUGACAGCAUAUGUCGAUUCAGUGUGUGGUUCUGUGAUAGGACUCGUGCUGCUGGGUCGAAGACAUGCUGGUAAGAGUUCAGCGGGAGACCUCAUCCUCGGGCGCAGUGAGUUUGAGGCCGGGAAGAAGACGGCUCGGUGUGUGAGGAGAUACAGCUGGGUGGACGGCAUGAGGCUGGCCGUGGUGGACACUCCGGGCUGGAGUCUUUUCGGUUUGGCUGACGCCAAACAGGUGGAACGGGAGAUCCUGCGCAGUGUGAUGUUGGCCCCUCCUGGAUAUCAGAUUUUUCUUCUCGUUAUCCCAGUGGACUCUUUCAGCAAGAGGGACGGACAUGCUAUGGAGAAAUAUCUGGGUGUCCUCGGGGACAUGGUGUGGUCAAACUCUUUGGUGCUCUUUACGUGGGGAGAUGAGUUAAGAGGCAGGAAUAUUGAAACGCACAUUGAAAAGAAGGGUGAACCUUUGCAGAGGAUCUUGAGAAAGUGUGGCCACAGGUACCAUGUUGUGAACAAUAAAUGUCCAGAAGACUACACUCAAAUCACUGAGCUGCUUAAGAUUUUAAAGCAAAUGUGUGCCAGCACUGGUUGAAUAGAGAAUCAUCCUAUAGGCCUAUUUAUGAAAUAGAGUCUCAUUGUAAUUCAUUAUUGAGCUUUUCAUUCUUUCAUCUGUAUUUUACCUAUAUGUUACAAAUUGAAGGUGCCAGAUAAAAAGAUGUUCACCCGGA